CAACACUCUAACAACACCGAACGCCAGAGCACUCGACGCGACGCAAGCACUUCACUGACCAUGGACUCGGCCUACAGUUUCGAGAAUACUCUUCGCGCCCUCGCCGCGUAAUGACACCCAGCAAACGCAAGCGCAAGCCAAUAAGAACAACCACGAACAAGUGGCCCAAGUACACACUACCAGACGUCGGUAGUAGCAGCAGCUCCGAACAGGAAACUGCAGACGACAGUGAAGAAGAGUGGGAAGCUGUGCGCAUACUCGAGCAAAGGGGGCAGGGAUUUGCGCUGCGGUACUACAUUGAGUGGAAAGGAGCCGAUCCCGCGACUGGAGAGCAGUGGGCGCCGACCUGGGAAAGAGCCAGCAACGCCAGUGAAGCCCUGCGCGCAUCCUGGAGGGCAGAACAAGCAAGACGGGCGCAAGAACAGAAAGAGGUGAAAGCAGCAGCUAGGCCGGGUACUCGGCAACGAAGUGCUCGGGAAGAGUCGCCUGCGCGAGCAACACAAGCUCGAGGCGCAAGACGCAGUCGCAUUGUCGAGAGCUCUGAGCAUUCUAAAUCGCCACUAGACUGGGCAUCUCCGCAAGCCAAUAUCGACGUGCGUGGAGACAGCUUCAACCGCGGCGGAUACGCGCCAUUCUCAGAGAUCCCGGAGUCACAGUCUUCACCAGAGAAAAGCGCUGCUGAUAGCACAAACUUGGAGAGCUCACCGUUGUUUGAAUCGCAGCCCGCCCAUUUUGUCUCUGGUAUUGUGCGGGAAACACAGAGCUCUGCUAGUGACGUGAGCUAUAUUCCCGUCACACAGGAAGAGCUUGGCUCCAGUCGACAUUCUGAUUCCAGUGGCGAUUCCAACGAAGAUAACGUAAUUGGGUAUUCGGGUCUCCUCGAUACCGACGAGGCACCAAAGCUUGGCGUACGCGCGCAAUCACCUGCAACCUCCAUCGCCGAAACAGUCGCCGACACAACUCAGGACAUUCACAGUCAACGUCAGUUCGAAAGCUUGCAAGAACAGUCUGGGGUCCCUGAGACAGUCGAGUCACAGUCUCCAGCGACAUCUUACAAGACCGAUCGCACACGCGCUCAGAACGACCAAAGCAUUAGUCAUCGUACUGGGCCUGCUUUGACGCAAUCACACAAUCCAGCAGAACAGCACCUGGUGGAAACUCCUGUCCUAUUUGUCGAGAGCUCAACGCAGUCUAACCACGAAGCUUCUGCCCCGGUACCUGAGCGACCCGAGCAGGAGCAGAACGAAUCCGCUGCGGCGGCGCAGGAAGCACCGGAAGCUACACCCAACACGCAGCUUGCCGCCAGCCUAGGAGGGUUUGCCGUCGCAGAUACACCUCAGAUCUUGCAGCUCUCAACGACAGCCCGUAAGGAAACGAUCCAAGAAGCACAACUCAGCUCCGCACAACAGCUUGAGGCUAUUCAGCUAAGCGCACAGCACGAGACUGAGUUCUCUCUGAUCGACCGCUCUGUCUGGGAAGAUAACGCACAGUUUCCUUUCCAAUCGCAGUGUCCUGCUUUCUUCGAUCCUCGUUCUGUCACAAAGCCAACACAGCGUGCGCUAACGAAACCUCCAAGGACCUGUGGCACGCACGAGAAUCCUUACACCCGACUCAGUGAAGAUCUUUCCCCAAGUACAUCCCAAGAGCGUGGCCCUCUUGGUGAUAGCGAAGAAAGCACUACGAUAGACGAGAUCAAUCAGCCACCAGUAGAAGGAACCCUGCGCACAUUGCCAAAAUACCAUCUGUCCUCGCAGCUCGCGCAUACUCAGGCAAACAGACAGGGCUUCGAAAAAGCAGUCCGUGGAAGCUUAGAGUAUACUCUCAACGAAGCCGAGGCUGCUACGACCUCACAGCCACCGAUAUCCACUGAGCAAUCGAGCGGGUCGCGUGAACACAACGCCCAAGUUGUGCAUUUCGGCGCAUAUUUGGGCACGCAGGAGCAGGUUACUGGAAGCGCACGUGAGACUGUGGAGACUAAUCCAGCGGACGCGCCUCGAUCAAAGCAUAGUAGUCCUUAUUCGAGACACGACUCAUCUCAGGAGACACCAGAACGUAGUUUGGAGUCAGCAGAAGGUAGCGCGUCGCCGAUUCCACAUCAUCCAAAUUAUUCCUUGAGGACGCUUGACUCGAACGUUCCGCCUAGAUCAGCUAGACCAUUACUGAGUUCUUCGUUGUCGAAGAUGGCAGAAAGCACAAGUGAGGCUCCAUCGACGCAGGUCGCUCGGCGGCUCAAUGAAAUUAUAGCGGCAGCCGAAAGAGCAAGGAGACGCUCCAGGGCUUCGCAGGCUUCCGUGGCCGCGUUCACAGGCGCAGCCGCUAACGAUGCAGCCUCGCAGUCCAAUAACGCACUCGCUCCGCCGAGCGUCAAUAUUUCAGCAGAAGGUACAAGAUCACCAUCAACUGUACCAGACCAAUCACCUGCGCUCCCACCAAGUACGUCCCUUCGGACCGUACCAGCAACUACCGCAGUAACUACGCCCCUACGGGCCGUAGCUUUCUACAACGCCGACACAGUCACUGAGCCCUUGAUGGUUGAUUCUCCGGUUGUAAAUCCAAGAACUACCGACCAAACUCCCACAGAGACGAAUGAUAAACUUGUAACCGCAAUUGCAACAGCCGCCGCGCAUAGUGCAACGGCAGUAUCCUCCCCACCUGCGGCUCAUGAUGACAUUGAGAACACGAACGACGUCGAAGACACAAACGACAUUGAUGAUAUCGACGAUUAUGGUGAUGAUGACGAAGACUCGUACGAUGAUGAACUCAAACUUGACAACGAGGAAUACAUUGUUCCCCUGUACAUCGAGGGACGGCAACAGGAUACUUACACUCAGUACAUCAAACAGAAGGAGGAACUUCUGAACGAGGUGCUUGUGCACAGUCCGGCUCCCGUCGAGAAACUCGACGAGGUGGAUCGAGCUCUGGCUUACUUGAAAGGCGUCGAGACGCACCCCGAUCUGACUUACGCUGAAGCAGAGUCUGCGACAGGAGUCGGGUCGCACUCGCUAGCAGAUGUCCGGCAUGGAGCACAAUUUGGUAUCGACAACUCGGUCAAGUUCAAGUUUCUUGGAAGAUUGUUCAACCGCCUCCGCGACAAGAAGAUGCACGUUGUACUGCUACUGGAUCAAGACAACAACGCACUUUCGAACAUCAUAAGGACAUUCCUUGUUGCUGGGGGGUACAAGUACAAGAUGCCAACCAAAGGAUACCAAUCAAUGGCAUCUCCAGAUUCUCUAUUCAUCACGACCUUUCCAAAGGCUGUUACUCCAGUCCUUCCCGUCGUCGACCUCAUCAUCUGUUUGGAUGGGGUACAAAACGCUGCGCAAGCACGACAGAGAAAGGUUCCAGCAUCCGGCAAGAUCAUACCUGUCCUCCAUUUGGUGAUUCCACAAACAGUCGGUCACAUCGAGCGCUAUAUCCUGCCGACCACAGCAAGACGGAUCCGCAUCGAGACGAUUCUGGCAGGACUUGCCCAAACGCAGACACGCAAUGAGGUUGGGAAUGCUAUCGACAUAGACACACCGAGCGCUGGGGAAGCGGCCCAGAUGAUUGCGUGUUGGCUUUUCCCUGAAGAGGAGCAAGAAAGCACAGAGUGGCCUCUUCCCUCGAUCGGGAGUGCAAAAAGCCUCAUCGAGUGGGAUGCAACACAACAGUCCGUCAGGUCUGCGACCUCAUCUCCAGUACCUGAACGAACAAAGCGUCCGCUGGAAGAAGAUGACUUGGACCCCGCAAAACGCAUGCGCUACACACCGCAACCACGUGUGAUACCGAACUCCAGUGCUGUUCACGACCCGGAAAUCACUCGCGUGAGCGACUCGAUGCCCGGUACUGCCGCUUCUGAGAAUGCACGUCUGGCCACGUCUCUUGACAAGGUGAGUACUGCGCUUCUCCAAGAGCGGAAAGAGCGCCGCGAGGAAUCAAUCAUGUGGGACAGACAGCAGACUGAGCACGAAGUUCGCCAAAAUCAGUACCGGAAGCUAUUUAACGAGAAGGCCGCGGUCGAUCGUGAGCUCGCGACCAUGACCGCGAAUCGAGAGAAGAUUCGCGGCCAGCUUGACGUCCAAAUGGCCGAAACCCGAGGCCUCCGCGAUGAAGUCGAAGCCCUACGAGUUCUCAACCUCGCAUCCUCGGACGAAAAGAAUGUCGAAAUCACCCGCCUACGCAAAGAACUUGAAGCUGCCAACCUCGAACGCGAAAAAGCCCGCACCUCCGCCAAGUUACAGGAAGAAACCAUGGACUUUCUCAAAGAACAGUACCGCAAAACCCAAGUCCAAGCAACCCAAGCACAAACCGAAGUCGAAACCCUGACAUCCCAGAACGCCAAACUCGCCCACCAAGCCUCGGGCGAAGCCACAAAGCUCAAGCGAAUGCAUCUCGACCGCAGCAUGAAGAAUUUGAUGCAGCAGAAUAAAGCGCUGCAGAGCGAGAAUGCUACGCUCAAAGCGACGCUGAAAGCAAAAGAGGAAGAGCUCGUUCGUACAAAGUUUCAUAGCGGCAGAGCUGCAUAUGGUACCAGGGGCCAAAGCACAACGCCCCAGCCGAAGACCAGGAGCAGGGCUGCGAGUCCUGAACGAGGGUCUAGGGCUCCGAGGGGUGGUGGCAGAAUCUUGAAUUUGGUUGCCGAGGAGAGGUAAAACGUCUCUGAGGUGGUUGCGGACGAAAAGGAUAAGGAGGCAGAGAGGAAGGGAGGGAGCUUGAGGAAGCUGGGGCGCUGGGGCGUGGGAGAACUACGAGGGCGCCAAGUGUGAAAUCAAAUGAGGAGGAUGACGAGGAGAAUCGGAUACGCAGGCCGAGAAGGCCAAGGAAGAGAGAAAGGGCUGAGGUGGAUAUGAUUGUGCCUUUGGGCGUGCCUUUGGGUGGGUUGCAUUUUGUUGGAUACGCACGUGUCUGCCUCUACGACCCGUCACAACUGGCAUUCAGGCCUUGCACAUUGACAUAGAAGUACUCAGAUAUCAUUCGUUUGCACCUC